AUGAAGGAAAAGCAAAUUCAAAGAACUGUGACGGUGGAGUGUGAUGAACUCAAAUCUUCAGACCUCGAGCAGCUUCCACAUUUUGACGUUUCACAAGAAAAGAAACUAGUCCACAAGUUCGACUGCAUCAUCAUGCCGUUGUUCUGUUCAGCAUACUUUUUUUCUGCUUUGGACAGAUCCAACAUUGGAAAUGCCAAAGUCGCCGGCAUGAGUGAAGACUUGUCGCUUAGUGCUAAGCAGUUUUCCAACGCUGUUAGUAUUGUCUAUGCAACCUAUAUUACAGUGAUGCUUCCUGGAGUUUGGGUAAUGAGACUUUUCAAGAGACCUAGAUUUUUUAUGGGAGGCAUGAUUAUCUGCUGGUCCCUUGUGUCGAUUUUCACGCUUUUUGUCAGAAGCUAUGGGUCGCUUCUAGCUGUUCGGUUGCUUCUUGGGCUUUUUGAAGGGUCUUUUUUCAGCUGUAUGACUCUUAUUGCUACGGACUACUACUUGCCUGUUGAAUUGGGUCGUAGAACGGCCUACUAUUUUGUGGCAUCUGCUUUGUCGAGUUCCUUUGGAGGUUUGAUUGCAACUGGAAUCACCAACAUCACCAGCGGAGCACUCAAGCCAUGGCACUACCUCUACCUAAUUGAAGGUAUUUUGUCUUUGAUCUGUGGAGUAUGCGUGUUCCUCUUGUUGCCUGAUGGCCCCGAACUGUUGGUUCAUACAGAAGCAGAAAAAGCUGUCUAUGAAUCCCGUGUACUUAGAAGAAAGGCUUACCAGGGCAGUACCAAAUUCGACAAGAACGAACUCCGUUCAGCUUUUGGAGUCAAGCUCUUUUGUUCGGUCAUCAUGCAAUUCUGUCAGGAUAUUUGCUUAUACGGCUUUUCAACAUUUUUGCCAUCAAUCUUGAAAACUGGCUUGGGAUACAGCUCUUUAAAGGCUCAGUACAUGACGGUGCCUGUCUAUCUUUUUGCUGGUGCAAUUUACCUUGUGUUUGGUGAGCUUUCCGAUAGAAAACGAAUGCGUGGACCUAUAAUUGUUUUCACCAACAUUGUUGCCAUCAUUGGCUACGUGGUUCUUCUUUCUGUGAAGCCUGCUGGGUUGAAAUACUUUGCAUGUUAUCUCAUUUGCUUUGCUCUCUACAUUGGAGUUGGUCUCAACGAAUCAUGGCUCGCUAGUAACACAGCACCAUCCUUCAAAAGAGGUACAUCCAUCGCUAUUAAUCAGACAUUGGGAAAUAUUGCUGGAGCCGUGAGUCCACAAGUAUACGUCAACCCACCAGAUUACAAGUUAGGAAACUUUUUCACUUUGGGUUGCUUGUGUGUAUCUACAGUGACUGCUGUUUGCUGCACGUUUUACUUGAGAAGAAGAAACAGAAUUCACCAGCAAAUUUUAGAAAGCGGGGUGGAUGAGAGAAAACAAUCCAGAAAGAUCGGCGACGAUUCGCCUGAAUUCCAGUUCCUUAUUUAA